UGCCUUUUUGGCAUAAAAGAGAGAUAGCUCUGUUAGUUGACGUUUGUAUUUCACAGAAACUUGUUGCUCUCAUGUUUCCUCUAAAAGUUCUGCCGAUAACAAAAUGUCUUUUUCAUUGUUCGCUACUUUGUUAAUCCAAUUCUUCUUAAUCGUAUUGCAGUCUUCUAGCCAAGCCCAAAUCCAUCUAAGUGGACCUCUUCUUCCUGAAAUGACAUCACUCGAAUUUGUCGGAGAAAGAUUGACAGUAAUGAAACCAACAGUUUGUUUCAUUUCUUCUGGGGAAGUCUCUCGAUGUCGACGGAAGCGCGGAAUAGAAGAGAAGCCUCAUAUCAUUGAAUUUGAUAACCAGAAACUUAGUCCUUCUGAAGUCAUCAGAGUUAAACCUACGAUUGCGCCGCAAACCACCACGCCAUCGUAUGCAAUCUACAGUUCGUUUGACGAUGCAUACACUCUGGAGUGGUUUCGACAACUAAUUGUUGAUGAACGAAGUAUCACGGUGGGCGAUUGUGGUCAAUCGACUGUCAAUUUCAGUCAGUUCCUUACGUGUUUGGGUCUGAUUGUCCAGCAGACGAAAACAGUGACGGCAACGUUCACGGAAACACUGACCUUAUCCACUGGUUACACAACAAUUGGAAUACUUUGGGGUUGCACACCUGCCAGUUUUCCCUACGUUUAUUGUAAUGAUAGUGAUGAUUCCCCUGUAAUCGAUGAAAAUUUCGCAGUACCAACUGUUAUAUCUACGGAAAUCGAUUCCGUCAAUAACUCUCUAGUUCCUUCUUCCCAUCUUAACAGUAAUGAUUCUAAUGCAGGCGCCAUUUUCUCGUUAGUGACAGUUGCUUCUGAAAACUCGACAGAACAAGGGCUAACCUAGCUAUGCCGUAAACCUCAUCAUUCAGGGAUACGAGAAGAAACAUCCAUAAGGAAACGUAAGCAUAAAGAUUGGAUUACCUGUUUGUUUCGCAAACUAAAAGUUAAAUUCUAUAGCAUGUUAAACUAUGCACACAGUUUUAUAACAGCCAUUCACACCAAAUUUGGGUAGUUCUUAAACCUUCCACUAUUAAUAUCACCUGUUGUAUUCCUAUUGUGCACCUGUCUUUUUCUGAU